AUGGAAGCCUCGUCCAGGUAUCCGUCUGUGUUUGUGGUGGACACACCACCAAGGGAGCUCCCUUUCGUGCCACCUGUGCCGAGGAGCCAGAAGACGCGGCGGCACGGCCAGCUACUCCUGGGGAUCCUGGUGCUGCUGGCCCUGGCCGGCUUAGCCGUCCAAGCCUAUUUCCUGAUCUGCUUUCGCAAGGAGCUGGACAAAGCAACGGCACAGGGAGGAGCAGAAGCAUCCCACGACCGAAUUAUCCAAGAUCACACACCUCCUUCUGAAAGGCCUGGAGCUCACCUGACAGGUGCUGCUUUCACUGUGACGGGGAAUGACACUCUGCAGUGGGAACACAGGCGCGGCUUGGCCUUCCUCCAGGAGAUGGACUACAAGGGGGGGUCCCUUGUCUGCAAGAAGCCCGGUCGCUACUACCUCUACUCAAAGCUCUCCUUGGAGCAUGCAAGCUGUUCAGCCGAGCAGCAGAAGAAGGGGCUGCUGGUCGUGCACAGCGUUUGCAAGAGGACUCCUCGGUAUCCCAAGGAGAUUGUGCUUCUGAGUAGCAUCAUUCCCUACUGCGGCACUGAAUUCUGGCGGCAGAACAGCUUCCUGGCCGGGGUGCUGCAGCUCGAGGAGAAGGAGGAAGUCUACGUCAAGGUCUCUAAGACGCAGCUGGUGCGGGUUAAGGAUGGGACCAGGUCCUAUUUCGGCGCUUUCAUGGUCUGA